CGCGUACAUUGCGAUAAUUACGUAAAUAAUGAGUAGUUUUGAAAAUUGAAAAUAGUAGUAAAGCGUUCGGCACUAUGCCGAGGAAAAUAUCAAUACGCUACCCUGUAGUAGAUUGGAGUUAGAAAUAAGGCAGUAAGGGGUAGCGCGUGCGCACUGUGCGUCACCCCUAAUAGAUUAGAGCGACUCCGGGGUGUGUACUACAGAGAGCGAAAACGUAGCCGGUUGAACUCAAAAACGUUCCCAUUGGAUUUUAAUUCGAUUAUACCAUGUGAAAUUAGUGAUAAACAGUGUAAUAAUUAUUUUCUAUGCAUAUCAUGCUCAUAUCCAAUUUAUACUUACGUAUCGCUCCGUGUUUUUUAUUUGAGCAAGAGUAAAACGAAACAUGUAAUUUUUGACUCUCACAGUAUUUUUCAUCAUCAAACAGUCAGUAGUGUAUAUUUAUCUUAUAAUGGUGUGUGUUUUUAAAAACGUGUUCAUAUCGAGAACAUCAAGAAGAUUUGCAAUCCUAUUCCUUCUUCUCAUCAACGUUUUGCCGGCUUAUUUAGAGCAAGAUGAAGAUAUUCCCCAUAACGAAGUCAAAAACUGGGCAUUGCAGUUCGGUGUCGAUUUAUGGGAAUACGGCAAAAUGAUGACGCGAAUGAAUGAAUUGCAAAGGAAAUAUCAUGAUGUGGAUAUAGAUGUUGUAAGAAAAGAUGGACUGAUAUUAAUUAGGGAAAUGGCGACUGAAGUGAAGAACAUGAUGGACUUUAAGAUGGGGGCUGUAAUGCGGAUAAUGGAUUCCGCCGAACAGGCCGCUCUUACUCCACAAUCUGACAACGGCCAGCCAUUUCGUUACUAUAACGCCAAAAGACUGAACGCUUUCGGACCAGAUGGAAAACCUGCCGAAGGCACCAGAGAAAUGAUGAUCACACCGAACCCGCACUUCGAUCACCUACCAGUAAACACUAGCCUUAGCUCAGUACUAAUACCUUCCAACAUCGAUGAAGAAGAUUUGGAUGUGAUGAAUGCAAUUCAAUGGUCAGAACAUCUAGAUCCGUUAUUCAUUAAUAACUAUGAAGGAGAUCCGACAUUGUCCUGGCAAUUCUUUGGAAGUUCCCAAGGAUUUUUGCGUAGAUAUCCAGGAAUUGCUUGGCCUCCAGAGGACAUCUCUACGGUAUGGCAACGACCAAGAACAAACAGGAAUAUUUAUGACUUUAGAUCGUCAUCUUGGUAUGUAAACGCUGCAACUUCCCCGAAGGAUAUUGUCAUUCUUAUCGACAAUUCGGGGUCUAUGACCGGCAAAAGAGUAACCUUAGCAAGAGCUACUGUCGAAGCAAUUCUUGACACAAUGUCCGAUAACGAUUUUGUGAAUGUUUAUAAGUUUUCGGACACAACCGAGGAGACUGUACCUUGCUUUAAGGAUAAAUUAGUACAGGCUAAUAACGAGAAUGUUAGAUGGCUGAAGGAUUCCUUAGACAAUCUGAAGGCUGAAAAUAUUGCCAAUUUUUCGUCGGCACUUAUUACAGGAUUCGAAAUAUUGCACAAGUAUAAUCGUACAAGUCAAGGUUGUCAAUGCAAUCAGGCCAUAAUGUUGAUCACAGAUGGCCUGGCGUCUUCGUACAAAGACAUUAUUAAAAUGUACAACUUUCCUCACAGUCCGGUUAGAAUAUUUACUUAUUUGGUAGGAAAGGAUACGAGUAGUGCCAGUGAAAUGCACUGGAUGGCCUGUACUAAUAAAGGGUUUUAUACGAAGAUCAAUAAAGUGGAUGAGGUUAAGGAAAAAGUCUUGCAUUAUAUUGAGGUGAUGGCCAGACCUAUGGUUAUGUACCAAAACGACCAUCCCAUACAUUGGACGCCUGCUUAUGUUGGUGGCCGAGCUGACAGUUUUUCUAACGAUAAGGCCGGCCAGCUGAUGACAACAGUAACAACUCCAGUUUUUGAUCGUAGAAACCAUUCUGUGAGAGUUGCCAAUGUUUUGGGUGUUGUUGGAACAGAUGUUUCCAUUGAUCAAAUUAAGAAACUUGUCCCUCCUUACAAACUUGGUGUCAACGGUUACUCGUUCGUAGUUGAGAAUAACGGACAUGUUUUGUAUCAUCCAGAUCUAAGGCCAUUGAGUAAUGAGUUAUAUGAAGAUACUCUUGAACCACAAUAUGUUUCUGUGGAUUUAACUGAAGUUGAGCUAGUUGAGAAUGAAAAUGGCCCUAGAGCAAACAAUUCUAUCCUUCUUGAUCUAAGACAUGACAUGAUCGACCAAAAGGAAGGAGAGACAGAAUUGAGUGUGAAAAUUCACUACGAUAACAUGCAUCGCGUAACCACAAGACGUCACAAAUACUUCUACAACCCUAUCGAAGGCACCCCUUACUCACUUGGUCUUGCAAUGCCAGAAGGUUACGGCAUGUACGAGCUUCUAGCCGAACAGGAAAUCAAACGCAGUCAAAAGAACUUUACCGACUAUUUCAAGGGUGAAAACUGGAAGGUGCACCCUGAUUGGGUUUACUGUGAAUACACUAGCGGCACCUCAGGGGAACAGUGGUUUAAGACUGCCGAAGAAAGGGUUUUGCAUUUUUUGUCUAGAAGUAGAAGGCCUGGGUGGAAGUGGAUGUCUUUGAGACCGAGGUCCCCUUUGCAAAGGGAGCACCACCAUCUAAGCACCAAACAGGAUAAGGACGCCUAUUUUUGCGAUAAAACUUUAUUGCAAUCUUUAGUAUUGGACGCUAUGGUUACAGAAGGACUUGAAAAACACCCUUUUAGAUCAAGGCUGGAAGACAAGCACCCUAUAGGCACACUUUUGGUAAAAUUACAAAGCCAAGGAUACGAAAUAUUUGGAUUGGUGUUGUCCUUUGUGGCAACUAGAUCAGGACUGCUUAGAUGGACGAAUGUUACCAACUUUGAAGCCGAAGAACCGCAUUUUAGCGAAAAUAAUGUUAGAGCGAUGGAUGAAACCUGGUAUAAGAGAGCCGUCGAUCAGCACUCCAUAGAGCCUGAGAGUUUCGUUUUUUCCGUACCUUUUGAUGUUGGUUCCAGCGGCAAGCCGCUUAUUACCGCCACGCAUGCCGUGUUUGUUGAACACAAGGGUCAUAGAGCACCAGCUGCAGUUGUCGGCUUGCAGUACCAACAUUCGAAGCUAGCUUCGCAUUUUCACAACAUUACUUCCAAGUGUACUGGAACAUCAGUGUGCAGGAAUACUUGCGCUAGCGAUAAGUUGGACUGCUAUGUGUUGGACAACAAUGGAUUUAUAAUAAUUUCUGAAAACAACGAUCACACAGGCAGAUUUUUCGGUCAAAUCGAUGGUACCAUUAUGGAUUCCUUGGUACAGGACAGGAUUUACAAGAAAAUAGCUGUAUACGAUUAUCAAGGUUCGUGUUCUAGAAGCAAGCAGCACUUCAGAGGUAACGCGCCUAGAGCUGGCUUGUUCAAACCACUAAAAAUUGUGAUGGGUUUUCUGUAUUUCUUCUUGAUGAAGUUAAAGGAAGCGUAUGGUACUGCCAUAGCUUACGCACAGGAUGAGGGCGAUUUGGUCGAUAUGUACUACGAAACACCUUUUGAUCAAUACCCCACCGGAGAAGAUGUGAUUGAGUAUCCGGACACCAUAAUAAGUCCGCCAUCAAAUUCAUAUUCCCCAUCGUUUGUGCCCCCAUUUGAGUCUGAUCCUCUUGAAGGUGUCGAUAUGGGGCAGUUUGGAGUCAGAAGGUGUGAUAGAAAAACCGAUUUGUAUAUCCUACAACCGGAGAGGUUGAACACGAGCGGACAAAGCAAUCCUUUGAAGGGAAAACUGACGAAUUGCCAUGUUACAGGAUGCGAGAGGCCGUUUAGCGUUCAGAAAAUACCACAUAGUAAUUUGAUACUGUUGGUUGUUGAUACAACUUGUCCGUGUGGUAGUAAGCAACUCAGCAUUGAUCCCCAGGAGCUGGUAUAUGAUGCUGGAGCUACUGAUUGUUUACAGAAAACGAAGGAGAAUUUGUAUAGGAGGCGUCCUCCAAAAUGUAUCAACUACCACCCUGAAGAAACAGAGAUUCAUUUAUGUGGCGGCUCCACUAUGGUGUACUUAAGCAUAACAGUAUUGAUGCUGAGUAUAAUGCAUAGUGUUUUACGUAUCUUAUCGUGAUUAUAAAUAUAAAUAUAAUGCCUAAAGGCUGUAUUUAAUUCUAUAAAAAUUUACAAUACUUCAUUUUCUUCAAAAGAAUUAUAUCAAAUUAAACAAUAUUUAGAUUAGAACCAAUAUGACGAAGUUUAAUAAAUAGUUAAAUUUUUUAUAUAAUUUAUGAAUUUUUGGGUGUAUUUUGUACAUAUCUUAUUGUAGUCAAUAGAUGGUUUUUC